AUGGCUCCCAACGUGGAGACAUAUACUACAGAUGACGCACUCUCCAUGAUGGGGUUUGGGAAAUUCCAAGCGCUUGUUCUGUUCUACGCUGGGAUGGGCUGGGUUGCAGAAGCCAUGGAGCUCAUGCUCUUGUCGUUUCUUGGGCCAUUCAUACGAGAGGAGUGGAACGUCGUAUUACCAGCAUUGAAUUGGAGGUGGCUGCUAGUAUUCACCGCCCUUCCAUGCUUCCUCUUGCUUCCUUUCUUUGGAUUAACACCUGAGUCUCCGCGCUACCUUUGUGCACAAAAUAGAAUGUCCGAUGCCACUGCUGUCCUGGAGAGAAUGGCCAAUGCAAACCAAUCAGCUCUUCCUCCUGGAAUUCUCACAUACAAUAGACAAACAAAAUUUGACCACGACACUCUUGCUUCUGAGAGUGAAUGUCUUCUUCCUGUCAGAGAGAAGGAAUGCACAGUUGACAAUGCCAAGAGCUCCGAAUCUGGCAGUCUUGCUGCAUUGCGCAUACUAUUAUCGCGCAAACUGCUCAGAUCAACUCUUCUUCUUUGGUUUGUUUUCUAUGCAAAUUCCUUUGCUUAUUACGGGUUAGUAUUGCUGACAUCACAGUUGAGUGAUGCAAAUAAAAGCUGUGCGUCUGGUGUGAAUGUUGGCCUGCACCAAAAGGUUACCAAUCUUUACAAAGACACUUUCAUCACUAGUUUAGCAGGAAUUGCAACCACCGUUGGUAGAAUUGGCGGGGUUAUUUGCCCUCUUGUUGCUGUCGCUAUGCUGCGGAGCUGCCACCAGAUGGAAGCACUUAUUGUGUUUGAGGUGAUAUUAUGCCUUGCUGCAGUUGCCUGCAUGUUCUUCCCUGUAGAGACCAAGGGCCGUGGAAUGGAUUGA